AUGUCUACCCAGCAAACCAUUGUAGAAGACAAGCCCAUCGACCAGUUGAUUGAAACGCAGAGUUUUGCGACCUCCGACAACAGACUUCUGCUCGCUCAGAAUAUGUCCGAGGAGGAAUUCCUCGAGGCAGAGAAGAAAGUUAGGCGCAAACUGGACUUCCGCCUCCUGAUGACUGUGUGGUUCAUCUUCAUCCUGAAUUACCUGGACCGUAAUAAUAUCGCGGCCGCGAAGGUCGCCGGUGUGGCCAAGUCUCUCAACUUGUCCCCGUCCCAGUACUCCACAGCGGUUGCAAUUCUCUUCGUCGGUUAUGUUCUGAUGCAGAUCCCUUCCAACAUCUUCCUCGCUCAUAUCCGACCUUCUCUUUACCUCCCGGGCUGCAUGGCCGUCUGGGGCGUCUUGUCCCUCUGCACCGGACUUGUUCAGAACGCCGCCGGGUUGUAUACAACCCGUUUCUUCCUUGGCUUCGUUGAGGCAGCCUUCUACCCCGGCGCUCUGUUCCUCAUCUCGUCCUGGUACAAGCGUUCGGAGAUGGUGUACCGUAGCGCCCUGCUCUUCUCCGCUACCCAGAUUGGAAGUGCAUUCUCCGGCCUGAUCGGGGCGGGAAUACAAUCGAGCCUUGACGGCGCAAGGGGCCUCGAGUCCUGGCGCUGGCUAUUCAUCAUCGAGGGCUCAAUCACCGUGUUUGUAGCAUUGUGCUCGUUGGCCAUGCUACCUGAUUGGCCGUCGACGACACGCUGGCUCACGCCUACUGAGCGUGCUGUUGCUGAGUGGCGCUUGGUGCGCGACGCCGGCCAGAUCGACGAGGACGACGAGCGCUGGAGCUACGGCUUCAAGCUCACUUUCAAGGACUGGCGUGUCUAUGUCUUCUGUGCUAUGUUCCUCUGCAUCUAG